AGGCGGCCCAGACGUUGAAGCAGCUGUUGCUGGGCGAGCCCGCGUCGGCCGAGCCCACGGGGCCAGAGGCCGCCGUGGUGCCAGAGGUCACGCUCUUCAGCAAGCCGGCCUGCCCGCUCUGCGACAAGGCCGAGGCGGUCCUGCGGGAGUGCGGCUUGGCGUACGAUCUGCGCGUCGUGAACAUCGAUGCCCCUGGGAACGAGGAGUGGCGUGCCAGGUACUGGUGCGACAUUCCCGUGUUCCACGUGAGCGGAGAGUACUGGGCCAAGCACCGCCUCGAGCCCGCCGACGUGCGCUCCGCGCUGGCCGAGGCGGCGGGCGGCGCCUUCCGGCCGCGCGCGGGCCGCCCGGACGCGUCGGACUUCCCCCCGCCGGAGGAUGGCGAGGAGGGCGAUUGCGGGGGCGACUGCGGCCCGGGGUGCUGCGACGACGGCGGGCCGUGAUCACUUCGGCUGCACGCCCCUCUUGCCCGGGGCCACCUCCUGCGCGCAGCCGGCCGCCGCCCGGCCUCGCCCGGGCGCGGCUCCGCGCGCGCCUGCGCCGCCCGCGCCCGCCGGCGGGCCGCCGCUCGGGCGGCCGCUGCUCGGACCGCCUCCGCUGCGCUAGCCGGGCGCGGCGUCGAGGGGGGCGCUGUCCAGCGGCGGGCAAAAGUCGGCGCGGAUCGAA